AUGGCGGAAUCAGAGAUGAGCGUCAGGAGCUGUCGAGAAUUAUGGACCAUAUUGCUGGGAAGAUCGGCAUUGCGAGAGCCGGCUCAGAUAGAAGCAGAACUCGACAGACACUGGGACAGACUACAUCAAGGACUCAGUUACUACAAGUCACCCAGCUCCUCCUCUGCGGGGAAAGUGAAGGAGAACAAAGAUGUCGCACAACCAUUAAAGGAUUUUGGUCUGAGGAUCAGUAAACUGCUGGGUCUUGAUGAACAGCAGAGCGUGCAGCUUUUACAGUGUUACCUACAGGAGGACUACAGAGGAACCCGUGAUUCAUUAAAGGUUGUUCUCAAAGAUGAGCGACAAAGCCAGACGCUGCUGUUGAAGAUUGCCGACUAUUACUAUGAAGAGCGCAUGUGUCUGCUCAGAUGUGUCCUCCUAUUGCUGACAUACUUUCAAGAUGAGCGACAUCCCUACAGGGCUGAAUACUCUAACUGUGUGAAUAAACUGGAGAAGGACCUGGUCAGCAACUACCAGUCACAGUUUGAGAAGCUCUUUAAAGCAGAAGCACCAACAUGGGAAACCCACGGAAACCUCAUGACGGAGAGGCAGGUGUCUCGGUGGUUCCUGCAGUGUCUGAGAGAACAGUCUCUGCUGCUCGAGAUCAUCUUCCUGUAUUACGCCUACUUUGAGAUGAGCCCGUCCGACCUGCUCAGCUUCACCAAAAUUUUCAAAGAGCAGGGCUUCGGUCUGCGGCAGACCAACAGACACCUGGUAGACAAGAGCAUGGAUGCACUGGUUGACCGGAUAGGGUACUUGAGCUCUCUCAUCCUGGUCGAGGGAAUGGACAUAGACUUCCUGCACAAGUGUGCCUUGGAGGACUGUACAGAGCAGCAUCAGUUCUCCAGCGCUGCUGAUGUUGUUAAGGAGAUGGAUCAGCUGCUGGUGACGUUCGGUGACAUCCCUCAUCACGGGCCGGUGCUGCUGUCCUGGGUGCUGCUGAGACACACACUGAGACCAGACGAGUCUAGCCCUGUGGUCAGGAGGAUAGGCAACACCGCUCUGCAGCUGGGGGUGUUCAAGUACCUUUCUACCAUGCUGAAAGGACUCGGAGUCUCUGGAAAUAAUUGUACAGCGAGCACAGCAAAGAUGUGUAUCUACGGCCUUCUUUCAUUUGUCAUCAUUUCUUUUGAAGAGGAAAGCUUACAGGCUGACGGUGUGGCGACGCAGUGCUCCCAUCUGAUUGAUGCUGCCUGUGAGGUCCUCUCUGCUCCCAGUCUGGCUGAAGUCUUUUGGGAAAUGAAACCCAACAUGGGAUUGGGAAUGAUCCUGGACAGUGCAGUCGGGAUGUUCCCUCAUAAGAUCGGACCACUGUUACAGCUUCUAACUGCACUUCUGUCAAACAAGUCGACUGUUAAAAAGGUGUACAACUUUUUGGAUAAGAUGUCCUUCUACACACAAGUUUACAAACAUAAACCCAAUGAUAUCAUCGCCAAGGAUGAUGAGACACUAUGGAGGAGACAGACGCCAAAACUGCUCUACCCGCUCGGCUCGGGGCAGACUAACCUGUGGAUGCCUCAAGGAGUGCUUGGCCAGGUGAUGAUUGGAGGCGAGCAGGGCUACGUGGUGCGCUGGGAUUACUCCUACAGCUCCUGGACGCUGUUCACCUGUGAGGUGGAGAUGCUGCUCCAUGUUGUUUCAACUGCAGACGUCAUCGCUCAUUGUGUCCGUGUGAAGCCGAUCCUGGAUCUGGUGCACAAGAUCAUAAGCACAGACUGGACCGUGUCAGAUUGUCUGUUGCCUCUCACUUCACGCAUAUACAUGCUGCUGCAGAGGUUAACAUCUGUCAUCAACCCUCCAGUGGAUGUGAUCGCCUCUUGUGUGAACUGCCUCUCUGUCCUGGCCACAAGGAUGCCAGGGAAGGUGUGGUCCAGUCUGCACCACACAGGUUUCCUCCCCUUCGCCUCCAACCCUUUGACCAGCAUGGCUCAGUGUGUGAGUGCCGAAGGGAUGAAAGCAGGUAACUAUGGCAACCUGCUAGUCCAGAUUGAGCAGCCCAGGGGAGAGUAUGCUGUGACCAUCGCCUUCCUCCGUCUCGUCACUACCCUGGUUAAGGGCCAGCUCGGCAGCACUCAGAACAAAGGCCUGAUCCCCUGUGUACUGCUCGUGUUGAAGGAGAUGCUGCCCACAUACCACAAGUGGCGUUACAACACAUACGGUGUCAGGGAGAGGAUAGGUUGUCUUAUUUUGGAGCUGAUCCACGCCAUUCUUAAUCUGAGCCCAGAGGGAGAGGAUCAGGGCAGCACUCCCACCCUGCAGUCUCUGUGCAUCUACAGCCUGGCAAACACCGAGGCCGGACAGGCAGUCGUCAAUAUCAUGGGAGUCGGAGUGGACACCAUAGACAUGGUCCUGGCAGCACAGCCCAGCAGCUGCGGCUCUGAGGGUCCCGGUCAGAUCCUGAUCCAGACAGUCAAACUGGCCUUCUCCGUCACAAACAACGUCAUCCGCCUAAAGCCGCCGUCCGACGUCGUGUCCCCGCUGGAGCAGGCGCUGACUCAGCACGGCGGUCACGGCAGCAACCUCAUAGUCGUCCUGGCCAAAUACAUUUACCACAAACACGACCCGGCGCUGCCUCGACUCGCAAUCCAGCUGCUCAAAAGGCUCGCCACAGUGGCUCCCAUGUCCGUCUACGCCUGCCUCGGCAGCGACGCGGCAGCCAUUCGGGACGCCUUCCUCACUCGGCUACAGAGCAAGACCGAAGACAUGAGGAUCAAGGUCAUGAUCCUUGAAUUUCUAACCGUUGCCGUGGAAACUCAGCCUGGCCUCAUUGAACUUUUCCUCAACUUAGAAGUCAAAGACGGCAGCGAGGGGUCAAAGGAGUUUCUGCUCGGGGAGUGGAGCUGCCUUCAUGUGGUCUUGGACCUGAUCGACUCCAAACAGCAGGGGAAGUACUGGUGUCCCCCCCUGCUCCACCGAGCAGCCCUGGCCUUCCUCCUCGCGCUCUGGCAGGAUCGCAGGGACAGCGCCAUCUCUGUCCUACGCACCAAAGACAGGUUUUGGGAAAAUUUGACAACACCUCUCUUUGGAACGCUCACCCCACCGUCAGACACCACAGAGCCUUGUGUCUUGGAAACUUGCGCUUUUGUCAUGAAAAUCAUCGGCCUGGAGAUCUACUAUGUUGUCAGCGGUUCCUUGGAGCAGUCUCUGAAGGACAGUCUGCAGAAGUUCUCCAACGCGCGGCGGUAUGAGUACUGGUCCCAGUAUGUCAAAUCUCUGGUUUGCCAUGUGGCGGAGAUGGAGGAGGAAGGAAUCUGUUACUUCGCAGAGACCCAGAUGUUGAUCUCUGCCUGGCGGAUGCUGCUGAUACUCUCAACUAGUCACUCAGAUGUGAUGCAGCUCUCAGAGGACUCGACCAAGCUGAAGCUUUUCAUGGACGUGCUGGAUGGAACUAAAGCUGCUCUCACUACACCCAUGUCUGUGCCUUGCCUUCGCCUUGGAUCCAUGAUGGCCACUCUACUACUCAUCCUCCUCAAACAGUGGAGAAGCGUGGUAGCGACAGCUCCUGACAUCCUGUCCCCGCUCUCUCUGAUCCUGGAGUCUGUCCUACAAGCUGACCAGCAGAUGAUGGAGAGGACCAAAGCCAAAAUCUUCUCUGCUCUCAUUUCUGUGUUACAGAUUCAGGGACUCAACGGUGGGGAGACUUCCCAGCUGCCCCAGCUGUUGCUGUCCGUGUGCGAGACGGUGAAAGACGAGGCUCUGGCGCUCAUAGAUAAUACUCGUCAUAUGAGCCAGACGGGAGAUGCUGGGGAGGAAGAGGACAGCAUGGAGACAGACUCUCCCCGCGGCCCUCAGAAGGACAAAAGAGACGGGGUGUGUGUGCUGGCGCUGCACUUGGCGAAGGAGCUGUGUCGCACCGAUGAGGACGGCGAGCACUGGGUCUCAGUGAUGAGGAAGGUUCCUGUCCUCCCCUCGGUGCUCAGCGCAGUGGAGCUCAGCCUGCGCUCCAAACACAACCUCUACUUCACUGAGGCUGCGCUUCACCUGCUGCUCACACUGGCCCGCACUCCUCAGGGGGCAGCAGCUGUAGCUGGAGCAGGAGUCAUCCAGACAAUCUGCCUCCCUCUGCUGAGCGUGUAUGAGGGCUCCUCAAACGGUGCAUCACAGAGUUUCUCCCGUAAGUCCCAGGACUCCGCCUGCUGGCCGGGUGUGUACCGUCUCUGCAUGUCUCUAAUGGAGAGUCUGCUCAAGACUCUGCGCUACAACUUCGUCAACGAGGCCCUGGACUUUGUCGGGGUGCAUCAAGAACGUAUACUACAGUGUCUGAACGCAGUGCGAACCGUGCAGAGUCUGGCGUGUUUGGACGAGGCGGACCACACAGUCGGCUUCCUGCUGCAGCUGUCCAGUUUCUGUAAAGAGUGGCAGUUUCACCUUCCCAAACUGCUCCGAGACAUUCAGGUGAAUCUGUGUUACCUGUGUCAGACCUGCACAUAUCUGCUCCACAGCAAGAAGAUGCUACAUCACUACCUCCAGGCUAAAAACGGUGAGGCGUUGCCCCCUGGUCCCCUCCCUAGGACACAGCGCCCCCCACAGACCCCAUCUAAAGAGGCACCAGGUGGAGGGGAGAGAGAGGAGGCCGAGCAGAAGGCCCUGCUGGCCGUACAGUGCAGCCUUCUGAAGAUCCUUAGCAAAACGCUGGCGACCCUGCAGCACUUCACUCCAGACUGCUGCCAGAUACUCCUGGACCAGUGUAUGGACCUCGCUGAGUAUCGGACCCUGUUCGUGCUCAGCUUCACGACUCCAGCGUUCGACCCCGAUGUGGCUCCUUCAUUCGGGACCCUACUAGCCACCAUCAACGUGGCCCUGAGCAUGCUGAGCGAGAUGGAAAAGAAGAAAGAGCCCGUCUCCUUGAGCAUCGCCUCACUUGCUUCAUCAGAGGAGCUCCAAGCGCUGAAGUCAUUGCUGAUGUUCACCAUGGAGAACUGUUUCUACGUGCUGAUCUCUCAGGCGGUUCGGUGUCUCAAAGAUCCCUCCAUCCUCCCUCGAGACAAACAGAGGCUCAAACAGGAGCUCAGCUCUGAACUGAGCACUCUUCUCUCCAGCCUAUCCCGUCACUUCCGCCGGGGCUCGCCGUCGUCUCCGGCCAGCGGCAUCCUCCCCUCCACCCAGUCCAAACCCCCCACGCCGGGCUCCAAGGGAAGCCACGAAGGUCAGGAGCCGUUCAUCCAGCUGGUUCAGGCAUUCGUCAGACUCGUUCAGAGAUAAAAGCGCAGACUCACAAGACUCAAUGUUCUUUUAUGAAGCCAGCAAUUUUUUUUUUGUUUUUGUACUUCCAGUUUUACCAUCAGGGAAAAAAAAAACCUUUCUGGUGUCAUUGUAAAAGUUCAAAGUGAUGACAGUAGUUCAAUUAGUAAACAUUUGUGACCCGGCGUGAGUGUUUAUUCUAAUAAUAAUGUGGUGUUUAUUAAUGAUUGGAGCCAGAUUUUUUUUGAUAACCUGUUGAACGUUUCAUUUUGCCAAAACUGCUGUUAUGACAAAAAAUUUGACCACAAGUGUUUAAAAAAAAAGAAAAAGGAAAAAAAAAGGCCAACGAGAAGCCGCCUGGUUUCUAAAGAAAUCUCGGUGCUACUUUAACAUCAGUCGCUGACUGUGGUUCAUCUUUCUGAGGCCUAGUUUUAUAGGCCACUUUGACAACAUAAAACGACCAGACACGUUUCAAGUGCUACUUAGAGAAAAAAAAGAAAAAUUAGACCUUUCAAAUGUAAUCUUAUUUCAUCUACAAUGUACUAGAAAAGCUUCCUUUGUAAAACUACAAUAUACUUUUUCUAAUUCUUUUCAUUCUUUCUCUUAACUCUGCUAUUUUCUUAUCUGUGCUUUAUUCUCCAUGUACACAUACCGAAGCGGCUGCCAACAUUUGUACUUUAAUGUAUAUGCUAAUAAAGGGACUUUUGUACCACA